AUUAGUUGUGUAUUGAUGCGAAUUAAAAAGAGUUCCCUCCAACUAAGCAACAUCGACAGCUCAUAGCAUUUGAUCUAUUCUGCGCUUCUUCCCCAAUUCCCACAAACACCGAGAAGCGAUAAUACAACAACGAAAAAGAGAUUAGCCCCUCCUCUAUCCUUCUUCUUUCGUCUUCAAUCCUUUGUUUCUUCCAUAUAUAUUCAGCGCAAACUUGUCUGUAAUCCAUCAGUCGUUUUUGUUUUAAUUUUUUUUUUUGGUUUCGGAGUUUGAUCCGGAAAAACCAUGUCUUAUGCUUACCUUUUCAAGUACAUUAUCAUCGGGGAUACCGGUGUUGGGAAAUCCUGUUUGCUUCUUCAGUUUACAGACAAACGGUUUCAGCCAGUUCAUGACUUGACCAUCGGUGUCGAGUUUGGGGCUAGAAUGGUCACAAUUGACAACAAACCAAUGAAGCUACAGAUUUGGGACACAGCUGGUCAAGAAUCAUUCAGGUCUAUUACGAGGUCUUACUACAGGGGUGCUGCUGGGGCACUUCUUGUUUAUGACAUUACAAGGAGGGAAACUUUUAACCACCUUGCAAGCUGGUUGGAAGAUGCAAGGCAGCAUGCAAAUGCGAACAUGACCAUAAUGCUGAUAGGAAACAAGUGUGAUCUGGCUCACAGAAGAGCUGUAAGCAUUGAGGAAGGAGAGCAGUUUGCUAAGGAGCAUGGCUUGAUAUUCAUGGAGGCUUCUGCCAAAACAGCUCAAAAUGUUGAGGAGGCAUUUAUAAAGACUGCCUCAACAAUCUAUAAGAAAAUUCAGGAUGGAGUUUUUGAUGUGUCUAAUGAGUCAUAUGGAAUCAAAGUUGGAUAUGGAGGAAUCCCAGGACCAUCAUUGGGAAGAGAUGGCGCUGCUUCUCAAGGAGGAGGUUGCUGUAGCUGAAAGUUGAUAUGGAUGCUUUAAACAGAUCUUGAUAUGGUUUAUUACACCCACAGGAAAAAGGAUCAGAUCUUUCUAUGAUUGUUCAUUCUUUUCUAAAUAGUUCUUCCCCAUGCCUUCUUGUUCGUCAUUUUAUUUCUUAUUCUUGUUUGCAGGACAAUGAAAUUUGUCUUAAUGUAACAGAAAGAUUGUUAAUGGGUAAGAAUACGUGGAUAUUUUAACUUGCUAUUGAUUAGUCAUGAAUUUCAUGUGUCC